UUAAAGAAAAAGAUUAGUAAGGACCCAAAAGUUAGAAAAAGUAAAUGGCAUAUGCAUCCAUUAAAUGAUGAGCAGAAACUUUAUGCAGCAACAGAUGCUUAUGUUUCUUGGCUCUUGCAUAUAACUAUACAAGAACAGGCAAAUUUAAAGAAUAAUGAAUUAAAAGAGACACAGAAUAUUAAUGUCUCAAUAUGACUAAAAAAAUAGUUAAAGUUUUAUGGGCUGGUAGAUUAAGUUAUAGAUUCGGGCUUAAGCUACAAAAAAUAUUAUCUGAUCAGCAUCACCAAAGGGUAGAAAACAAUAGUUGCAAUACAUUAGUAUUGCUUGAGCAUGAUCCAGUAUAUACAGUUGGAAUUAGAGAUAAAGAUUAUACACUAGAAGAUCAAAACAAGUUAAAAAGUUUAGGUGCUGAGUUUUUUAGAACAAAUCGAGGUGGUCUUAUAACUUUUCACGGGCCUGGACAAUUAGUAGCAUAUCCUAUAUUAAAUUUAAAAGAAUUUAAAGCUAGCAUUAAAUGGUAUGUGUGCCAAAUAGAGAAAAUGAUUAUUCGUUUAUGCGCCGAAUUUGGCAUUAAAGGUGAAACAUCCCCAAACACUGGUGUAUGGGUAAAUGACAAAAAGAUUUGUGCCAUUGGUAUUCAUGGAAGUCGUUAUAUAACAACACAUGGUUUAGCUCUAAAUUGUAAUACAGACUUAAGUUGGUUUAAUCAUAUUAUACCUUGUGGUAUCAAAGGAAAGGGUGUAACAAGCAUUAGUCAGGAGCUUAAUAUAAAUGUUACUAUUCAAGAUGUGCUACCAUUGUUUCAAAAUGCUUUUCAAGAUCAAUUUCAAUGUACAUUAAUUGAAUAUCCAAUAGAAGAAUCUUAUCAAUUGUUUAAGCUUGUUAACAAUAAUAUGUGUGCACAAAAGACUUAAAAAGUUGAAUGUAAUAAUUUGAAUAAAUAUAAAUAAUUUUGUAUAAUACAUGAGAUUAAAUGUUUUUUUUCAUUUUACUUUUAUUAUUAUAAAUUAUUACCUUUUUUGGCGAGACAAAAGAUAAAUAGCAAUUUUUGUCUUACAAUUUAGGGGAUCACCUGACUUUCUUGUCAUUUUUGUAUCUCGUGCGGUAUUACUAAUUCUAGUUAUACUAGUUAUUUGUGUUUGGAGUUAUUUCUCUAUAAUCUCUCUAGAUAUCUCGAUAAAUACUUUAUCGCGGGAACUUUUGGGGAAUCGAUUACGAUAUGUAAACUAAAAACGAAAUUCGAAAUUACCGUACAUCGUUUCAUUGUUCAAACACUCAAUCAGAGUCAUUGUUUAGAGACUCAAUGUCGAUGGCCUAGCAGGAACAAAAUCAAAAUACAAAGGAUAGAACACAUUCUAAUGGAAAA